CCCAGCCUCCCCACCCCUCCACCCAGCCUCCCCACCCCUCCACCCCAGAACCAGUGGGUAAGAGAUUGUUGCCAUGGCCACCCCCUUCCUGUGGAAGCUGUCUUCCCAGAAGCUGGGCUUCUUCUUGGUCAGCUUCGGCUUCAUCUGGGGCAUGAUGCUGCUGCACUUCACCAUCCAGCAGCGUGCCAGCCACGAGAGCAGCACCAUGCUGCGCCAACAGAUCCUGGACCUCAGCAAGCGCUACAUCAAGGCCCUGGCCGAGGAGAACCAGAGCGUGAUGGACGGGCCCUACGUGGGCACCAUGACGGCCUAUGACCUGAAGAAGACCCUGGCCGUGCUGCUGGACAACAUCAUGCUCCGGCUGGGCAAGCUGGAGUCCAAGGUGGACAACAUCUACAACGGCACAGGGGGGAACCUUACCAACGGCACCGGGGCCGUCACAGCCGCGCCCAGCGCUACCAACGCAGAGAAGGUCAACGUCGCCGAUCUUCUGAACGGCGCCCAGGAGAAAUGUGAGCUUCCACCAAUGGACGGAUUCCCUCACUGCGAGGGGAAGGUCAAGUGGAUGAAGGACAUGUGGCGGUCUGACUCCUGCUACAACAACUACGGCGUUGACGGCUCCACCUGCUCCUUCUUCAUCUACCUAAGCGAGGUUGAGAACUGGUGUCCCCGUCUGCCCUGGAGAACCAAGACCCUGGCCCAGGAGCUGGACCGGAGAGGACAGACGGAGGUCCGGACCAGCUUCGAUGAGCUGCACCGUGUCAUGUCCCGGCGGGAGGAGUUCCGCUGGAUGAUGCUGCGGAUCAAGCGCAUGGCUGAACCCUGGCUGUCGGCCGCACGCUCCCUCGCCUCCAAGCAGGACCUCGGCAAGCGCCACAGGAAGAAGAUCCUGGUGCACCUGGGCCUCCUCACCAAGGAGUCAGGUUUCAAGAUUGCGGAGAACGCCUUCAGCGGCGGGCCCCUGGGGGAGCUGGUGCAGUGGAGCGACCUCAUCACCACCCUCUACCUGCUGGGCCACGACGUGCGCAUCUCCGCCUCCCUGGCCGAGCUCAAAGAGAUCAUGCGCCGUGUGAUGGGGAACAAGUCCAGCUGCCCCACCCAGGGGGACAAGGUUGUGGAGCUCAUCUACAUCGACAUCGUGGGGCUCACACAGUUCAAAAAGACCCUGGGGCCCUCCUGGGUGCACUACCAGUGCAUGUUACGGGUGCUGGAUUCCUUCGGCACGGAGCCAGAGUUUAACCACGCCCACUACGCCCAGUCCAAGGGCCACAAGACUCCCUGGGGAAAGUGGAAUCUGAACCCGCAGCAGUUCAACACCAUGUUCCCCCACACCCCAGACAACAGCUUCCUGGGCUUCGUGGUGGAGCAGCACCUCAACGCCAGCGAUAUACGACACAUCGACGACAUCAAGCGGCAGAACCAGUCGCUGGUCUAUGGAAAGGUGGACAACUUCUGGAAGGACAAGAAGAAGUACCUGGACCUCAUCCACAGCUACAUGGAGGUGCACGGCACCGUGCACGGCACCAGCACCGUCCACCUGCCCAGCUACGUCAAGAACCACGGCAUCCUGAGCGGCCGAGACCUGCAGUUCCUCCUCAGGGAGUCCAAGCUGUUUGUGGGCCUGUCUUUCCCCUACGAAGGCCCCGCCCCCCUGGAGGCCAUAGCAAAUGGUUGUGCGUUCCUCAACCCCAAGUUCACCCCUCCCAAGAGCAGCAAGAACGCAGACUUCUUCAAGGGAAAGCCCACUAUGAGAGAGCUCACCUCCCAGCACCCCUAUGCAGAGGUGUACAUUGGGCCCCCCCACGUCUGGACGGUGGACAUCGAGAAACCCGCCGAGGUGGAGCAGGCCAUCCGCACCAUCCUCAGCCAGAAGAUUGAACCCUACCUGCCCUACGAGUUCACCUGUGAAGGCAUGCUGCAGAGGGUCAACGCCUUCAUCGAGAACCAGGACUUCUGCCACGGCCAGGUGAUGUGGCCCCCGCUCAGCGCCCUGCAGGUGAAGCUGGCCGAGCCCGGCCACUCCUGUAAGCAGGUGUGCCAGGAGGAGCAGCUCAUCUGUGAGCCCUCCUUCUUCCAGCAUCUGAACAAGGACAAGGACCUGGCCCGGUUUGGGGUGGACUGCCAGACGGUAGAGUCCAGCGCUGACACCCUGGUGCCGGCCUACAGCGAGGAACGGCGCCACUGCAUCUUCCAGCAGGACCUGCUGCUGUUCAGCUGCGCCGGGGCCCACCCCUCGCUUCGCCGCGUCUGCCCCUGCCGCGACUACAUGAAGGGUCAGGUGGCGCUCUGCCAGGGCUGCCUAUAGCCCCGCCCACAGGGGGGGACACGGGAGGGGAGACACCCGCCCCAAAACCCCCGCCCCGAAAAACCCCGGCCCUUAGGGGAGAGCAUGCCCUGUGAGCGGCCCCCAGCCCCGCCCCCGUCUGGGAAGAUUGUUGUGGGGGUGUGUGUGUGUUGUCAUUCUCACACGCGCACACACAUACACAAACACACGCACAUGAUUUGGAGUGGGCCUAGCCUUGUGAUGACAGUCGAAAGAGGAGGAGCUACAGAGAGACGUGUAAAGCCCUAUUUGACAGACGCACGCACACACACUCAAGGACGAGGAGAAUCUCCCCCCCCCUCUAUGAAAUCAGCUGAGAGUAACCAGAGGUGUCUUCACCUCUGCCCGUCUCCACAGCAACUCGAUGCGGAGAACCUGAGGCGAGCACAAGAGAAAGACACACACACACACACACACACACACUCCCCUCCUCUGUAGCGAAAUGAUUCAGACUAUUUGUGGCCCUGAAGGUAGUUUUACACUGGACUGUGAGGCACAAAGGCCCUGACCUCUGACCCCACACAUACACUGACUAACAUACAUACACUCACAAAAAGACACAUAAAUAAGCGCAAUUACUUCACACACAAACACCAAAUGUACACACACAAAAACAUAACACAGGCAAGCGAGCACACACACACACAAACACACGGGGCAGACUGCAGGCCUUAAGAUAUAGUUUUACACUGUACUGACUGGCUUCUUGCCUGGCGCAAAACCAGACAAAUAUCGUAGAUUUUUUUUUUUUUUUUGUAUUAUUAUUAUUAUUCUGAUGAUUGUUAUCUCUGCUUUGAAUGGUUGCCAGACACAUCUUCAAAUCAGUCUGCUUUUUAUUUUCUUCUGCUCUGCAACGGUUGUGAUGUGCCAAGGAGAUCGUCAUGUCAGGACGUCGGCGAGGAGACCCUUGUGGGGGGGGGGGGGGUAGUUUCCCGCAUUAUUUAUAUUUUCCAGUUGAACGGGCGUACCGAUCACACAUGAUGAAAAACAGGAACUUCAGUGCGGUUGAGCGAGCGAAGCCUGUAGAGAAACGCAAUCAAAUGCCUCGUUUUGGAUCAAGCAUUUGUUUUACAACAAAUUUCCUGGCGUUGAACCUCCCACCGGAAGUGGGAGGGGCUUGGAGCUGCCGCUGUCAUAUCUGUGAUUUAAUGAGGGUUUAUGCUACACAACCUGGACUGAACUAGGGUACCGUUUGAAAACAAGAUUUGUUUCUCCGGCCGAUUGAUGACAUACGGACAGAGGUGUGUCUGUUUAUGAAUGAACUCCCACGCAAAAAAAAAGGCUGUGAAAAAAGUUGAUAAAAAAGUAGGUUUGCGUAAAAUGUCGAUUUAUUGCGCAUCGGUGUAGAGUUCUCGUCCUGGCGCUGUUGUUGAUCUUGUUUCGCUAGGUUGUCCGGAAUAGUGGAACGCGCACUAAUACCACCUCGACAGCUGGGGUAAAAACGAUGUGAAAACACAUCGGUUUUAGAUUUGCCUGCAGCCUAUUCAGGAGAAGAAAUAUUUAAGAUCAAUAAAAAAACCAUAGUAGUAGGUAGGCCUACCGGUCAUCAAUGAAAAAAUGCACUGUUAAUCUAUUUAGAGAUUUAACAAAACGAUAUUAGUAACACUAUAUAUUGUUAAUAUGGGUUAUCAAAUUAUUAUCCUUUAUAUUUAUUUUGUAUACAGAACUACAGAUCUGUUUUUUUUUAUUAAAAUCUGUUUUUAUUUAUGGGAGGGAUUUCUUUUUCAUUUUAUUUUCUUUGUAUAUAUUUAAUUUAUGGUGAGAGGGAUAGUAGAAGCGAGAGAAAGUCGGUAACCAGAUUUAUUUGUUUUUCCAUCAUUACGUUUUGUUCAGGAAACACGCAGACCAGUAUCUCAAUGUUUGAAACUAACUUGGUCUUUCUGUUACCUUCUGUUGUCUCCGUAAGUCAGAAGUCAGCUUGAGUGGCAGCGUUACGUCAUUCCAAAAUUAUUUAGAAAGUGAGCAGAGGCCGUCUAGGGUUUAAUGUUGUGAGAUAAUCCUCUUCAUCGUCGUGUUCUGACCAGAUCUGGAGAUGUCUACACAUGAUGGUGAUGGAUGGCUAUAACAUGUCGGCCUACCUGAGGAAUAACAUGCAUACCACAUGUUUAUGACUCAGUCGUCUCCCACCAUUAAAGCCUGCGCUGCUCACAGUAAAAGCCUGUUUCUGUGCACGCAAACACUUUGUUCACAUCAAAAGAAAAUGUAUACAGCUCAUGGACCGUUAUAACCAUAAAAAUCAUAUACAAAUCACCUGUUCUGAAUAUGUGGGUUUGGUGGAUAAAUGGUUCCACUCCCUCCAUGUCCAUGUGCAGAACGAUACCCAUGUAUGGCCUACUGACGGAUCAACUCUGUGGUGAGGUUUGUCUUGGGUUCAUCAGCCAAGUCGGUUCUUUGAACAUCGUCAUGUGCCUUUUAUUUCCCUUUAUGUUCUGCUUCAGGCUUGGCUUAGGCAGUCCCCAUGUUCAGACCACAGACGCUGGGUGGACAUGUGCGAGUCCCGUGGAGGGUUAGGACUUUCGUUUGAGGGAAUCUGAAAUAAUCAUGCGAUAAUCAUGCGUCCUAUUACUAUGUUGUCACUGCAUAUAAUUUGAUCUGUCAAUAUUCCAAUCGAUUGUCAAUCCAGGACUUGAGGUAUAUUCUGUUUCCAUAGUCAUAAGCUAUUAUUAUUAUUGAUGGUAAAGAUUAAUAUUUCCAAUAGGGCAGAUAUAAAGUUUUGAGCUGUGGUGCAGAAGGGCCUUGUUCACUUCUUGCUAAUCGCGCUAGCCCUGUUCUGUUAAAGCAUUUCAUUGUUUUCUGUAUCAAUGUUGUUGGUUUUAUUAUCGGUGGGUAUUCAGUAUACAGUUCUUCGGUGUAUAACUUGGCGAAACAUAAAACUUUAUUCACUAUUUCUCUUUCUUUGUUUUUUCAUUUAGUUUAUCGAAUUAAUCCUCUUUGGGGGUAAAAAACAGUUGACCAAUAAUCAAUAACUAUGACCCGUCUGUAGAAGCCGGGGUCCUCGCAAAAGUCCGGCAAGGUUGAGAACAUGUUGCGGAAAAUUUAAUAACGAAAUUACAUCUUUUUUCUUUCUUUUCUUUUUGUUUUCACAGUCCUUGACAAACGAGAGAUAUAACUUUAUUUUUAAAUAAAGUUUUUUUUUUCUGUGA